GGUGGGUGAAGCCGGAAGAGGAAACCCAGAGAAUUCCCAACCAGCCGAGAUGAGUGGCUUGGGGAAGCUCUUCGGGAAGGGUAAGAAGGCCAAAGCGCCCACCCCACAGGAGGCCAUCCAGAAACUGCGGGAGACGGAGGAGGUGCUGGUGAAGAAACAAGAAUUCCUGGAGCAGAAGAUCCAGCAGGAGCUACUGUCGGCUAAAAAACAUGGGACCAAAAACAAAAGAGCGGCCCUGCAGGCCCUCAAACGGAAGAAGCGCUACGAGCAGCAGUUGUCUCAGAUCGACGGCACCCUCUCCACCAUCGAGUUUCAGCGGGAGGCCCUGGAGAAUGCCACCACCAACACCGAAGUGCUCAAGACCAUGUCGGAUGCGGCUCGCGCCAUGAAGGAGGCCCAUCAACACAUGGACAUUGACAAGGUGGACGACCUGAUGUCCGAAAUCACAGAACAGCAAGACAUCGCUCAGCAGAUCUCCGACGCCAUUUCUAAGCCUGUCGGCUUUGGGGACGACGUAGACGAGGAUGAGCUUCUGGCUGAAUUGGAGGAGAUGGAGCAAGAAGACCUGGACAAGGAACUCCUGAAUGUUGGAGAGCCGACACCUGAGCUUCCCAACGUGCCUGCCUCUCGCAUCCCCAACGUGCCAGCUUCCAAAGUGCCAGCUGCUGCCACCGCUGUGGAGGACGACGACGACGAAGACAUGAAGCAGCUCGCUGCCUGGGUGUCAAGUCUGCCGUUGAAGAUGAGAAAUCCAGCCGGGACGAUGCCUUGCCACAUCUUUGACUUUGAGAGUCCCUCGUUUCAAUUGCUGCGUGUGCGGCUAGCGGCUUUCUUUUUGUCCGCCGUAUAUGUGAGGGAACGCGACUUGGUGCUGGGGGUGUUCUUGCUGCCCUCGCCACCCCGGGGGCCGCAGAUGGCCUCCAGGGCCUUGAUCUCAGUGGUGGGCUUCUCUGCCAAGAACUUGAGCACCCAAGAGACCUUCAGGACUUCCAAAAUGUUGAGCCGCUUCGAGGCCGGGCGGAGGAUGCGGUGGUCUACUCCAGAGGUGCUGAACCUAUUUUCGUCCGAGGGCCGAAUUGGACUUCAGGGGGCCGCGUUCCGGCGGUGGGCGGAGCAAAUUGAAAAGGGGGAGGAGCCAAAAAUGCCAGCCUAUUUUACCUCAGGCAUGGAAUACGUGGAGAGUGUCGCGAAGGACGGGCAGAGGUGGGCGGAGCAAGAGCGGAAGAGACGCUUUAUGUAUUGCCAUCUCUAUGGAGUUUCCAGGCCCCACAUCCGGAACUACGUCUGUAUGUGGGCAGUGAGGCCCCCGCGGCCGGCUGAGGGCGGAAGAUCCCAGCACCACCCCAUAAUGGCCCACCUUCCAUCCCUCGCCCUUCUCUUCUCCCUCCUUUCCCUCUUCUCCACGGCCUCCUCGGAGACUCACUACAAGCGCGGGGAAAAGGUAAUGCUUUAUGUCAACAAAGUAGGACCUUACCACAACCCGCAAGAAACCUACCAUUACUACCAACUGCCCGUGUGCUCUCCGCUUGAUAUCCACCACAAAAGCCUUACCUUGGGAGAAGUGCUGGACGGGGACCGCAUGGCCGAGUCCAUGUACGAGAUCCAUUUCCGCGAGAACGUCGAAAAGAAGUCCCUUUGCGACAUGGAGCUCACGACUGAGCAGGUGGAGCGCCUCCGCCAAGCCAUCGAGGAGCUGUACUACUUUGAGUUCGUGGUGGACGACCUGCCACUCCGUGGCUUCGUGGGCUACAUGGAGGAGAGCGGCUUCUUGCCCCACAGCCACAAGAUCGGCCUCUGGACCCACCUGGACUUCCACCUGGAGUGGAACGGGGACCGCAUCAUCUACGCCAACGUCAGCGUCCGCAACGUCAAGCCCACCAGCCUGGACGACGUCCGGGGCAGCCUCUCCAUCGCCCACACCUACAGCGUCCACUGGUCCGAGACCUCCUCGGAGCGGCGAGGCGAACGCCGGGGGAGCCGCGGCGGGGACGACGGCUUCUUCCCUCGCACCUUAGAGAUCCACUGGUUGUCCAUCAUCAACUCCAUGGUGCUGGUGUUCCUCCUGGUGGGCUUCGUGGUCGUCAUCCUCAUGCGGGUCCUCAAGAAUGACCUGGCUCGCUACAACCUGGACGAGGAGGCCUCCUCCUCGUCCUUGGGCGAUGACUUUGACCAAGGGGACAACGGGUGGAAGAUUAUCCACACGGACGUCUUCCGCUUCCCAGCCGGCCGAGGCCUCCUCUGCGCCGUGCUGGGCGUGGGCAGCCAGUUCCUGGCCUUGGGCACGGGCAUCAUCGUCAUGGCCCUGCUGGGCAUGUUCAACGUCCACCGGCACGGUGCCAUCAACACGGCCGCCAUCCUCCUCUAUGCCCUCACGUGCUGCAUCUCCGGCUACGUUUCUAGCAACUUCUAUCGCCAGAUCGGCGGUGAGCGCUGGGUCUGGAACAUCCUGCUCACCACCAGCCUCUUCUCCGCGCCCUUCUUCCUGACGUGGAGCGUGGUCAACUCAGUCCACUGGGCCAACGGGUCGACCCAGGCGCUGCCGGCCACCACCAUCUUGCUCCUGCUGACGGUCUGGCUGUUGGUGGGCUUCCCCCUCACCGUCAUCGGGGGCGUCUUUGGCAAGAACCGGGCCGGCCCCUUUGACGCGCCCUGCCGCACCAAGAACAUCGCCCGCGAAAUCCCGCCUCAGCCCUGGUACAAGUCCACGCUGGUGCACAUGACCAUUGGGGGCUUCCUGCCCUUCAGUGCCAUUUCCGUGGAGCUGUACUACAUCUUUGCCACCGUGUGGGGCCGGGAGCAGUACACCCUCUACGGGAUCCUCUUCUUUGUCUUCGCCAUCCUCCUCAGCGUCGGGGCCUGUAUCUCCAUCGCCCUCACCUACUUCCAGCUCUCGGGCGAGGACUACCGCUGGUGGUGGCGCUCUGUGCUGAGCGCCGGCUCCACCGGCCUCUUCAUCUUCCUCUACUCGGUCUUCUACUACUCGCGGCGCUCCAACAUGUCAGGUGUGGUGCAGACGGUGGAGUUCUUCGGCUACUCCCUGCUCACGGGCUACGUCUUCUUCCUGAUGCUGGGGACCAUCUCCUUCUUCGCCUCGCUGAAAUUCAUCCGCUACAUCUACGUCAACCUCAAGAUGGACUGAGCAACCCCGCCUUUGCUCUCGUUGGCUGGGGUUGCAAUAACGCUCUGCUUUCCCAUUGGCUGGGACGGGUGGGGCUCAAAAUGGUACCUUCCAUCAUGGAGCUCCCCCGCCGAUUGGCUAGCCUAGGCAUAGCGCAAGACGCUCUCAUCCCAUUGACUGGGAUCUCAGCUGAGCUCUGAGAACUUGGGCUGCUUAUGACCUAUCCCUCUAUUGGCCGGACCUGUUCGAGAGCUUCCCAGCUCACUGCAGUGGCACUUGCUUGAUUGUCAGGAAGGGGGGGAAAUGGUAUUCUUAAACUUGCCGCUCCUGUGGGUCAGGAAAACUAGCCAAUCAGUGAGCCAUGUAAAUCUGGCCAAUUAGUAAACACCGCUAUAGAUUUUUCCUCUCUGCUUUUUAAAUUGGUCAAAACCGCAGUUUUUGUGCUGGGGUGAGAGUAAUCGCUUAAUACUCUCCUUUCACUGGUUGAAACGUGACCAAUUGCCGUAGGCCUCUUAUCAUUGGCUGUGCAAUUUGGCCAAUUGACAGAAGCCAGGCUCAGUUAAGCAGGCGUCCUUUCCUCCUAAAAGGGAAAGUCUGAUUUCCGUUGCUGAGCAGUCGGAAACUGUGAAGCUUUUCCCACCUUGAUUCACUUCCUUCAGAGCUCUUAUGCAAAUGUGUGACAGAUCCCAGCCGAUCAUAUCAAAAUGCAAAUUAAAAACAACAACACCCUGACCCGUAGAAGGACCGGCAGGGCCGGCCUUGCAGAUGCAGCUGGUACCACCCUUGGGGUUUUCCCCUCUCCAGGAUUCUGAAUCUCGAAGAGAAUUGGCUGGCUAAGGGCCGCCUUCCCCAAACUGGUGGGGACAAUUGGAGUUGUAAUCCAACACAUUCAGAGGGCACUAGGUUGGUUAAGGCUGCCUAGAGGUUUCCUGUGACUACAUCCCCUUCCUGGGUCAGAGGUUAAAACUGAUCCCUCCAGUGUUGGAGGGGGAAGAGUCUGGCUAAAAAAAAAAUUAGUGGUGGGUCCAACAUGGAUUUCCCCCCUGAAGCUUUUCCCUUACCUGCAUGCUGGAGGGAGAAUAGAAGGGAAAGUUAGACUUACUCUCUUUAUACACAAGGGAUCAGGUUUCUUUAUUAGAUUCAUGUAGCCAGCUGUUCUCGCCUGGUAGAUGGCUUGAUUUCAUCCCCGAUCAGGAUUUUCCUCGCUCCCAAGUAUUGCCAAGAUGAUUAAUUUCUCUCUCUCUAGCUCUCUCCACGUCCUUUGUACUCCCAAGGUGCCUGGCGCUGUUAUCGUAGGGGUGGGGGAGAACCUAUCUCUUCCCUUCCCACCUGAGUGAAGAAAAUGCCUAUAAUUAUAUAUGGAAAAUAUAUAUAUGAGGAGUUCUGUAUAUUAGCAAGGAUUGAAGUCGGGUUAUUUUUUAAGUUGAUGUUUCGGUUUUGUUUCGGUUUCAAUGGUUUCUUUUUACAGAUCUUGAAAUUAAACUUUAUUAAUAAAAGAAAGCCUAAAUGCA